AUGCUUCGAACUACAAUUGUUUGCUUAAUUGCCUUAGCUUUGCAGAUAUCUGCAUUGCCUGAAUAUAUUGAAAAUCUUGAACGUGAUUUAGCAUCAUUACCUGAAGAAUAUCAAUAUUUGGCUAAAGAAAUCAAUUCGAAGCGUGCAACUGAUAAUGAACGAAAUACUGAUGCAUAUUGUUGCACAAAUUGGCAACAUAUCAAUAAUGAUGAAGUAUAUACUAAAAUGCAAACUUCAUUAGUACCACAAACACAUACCGUUACAGUUGGUUAUCAAGAUUGUCAUGGAAAUAUUAAUCCAACUCGUCCACCAAUACCAAUUCCAUCUUCAACAAAACGUCCAAUUCGUCCUGUAGGAGGAAGUGAAACAACACCUUCAACUACGGGCUCUUUAGAAACAACAACCGGAUGUAUGUGGACACCAGUUUAUAAAACAGAAACUUAUAUGACUACUCAAUAUACAGUUAUAACAUAUCUUGUGCCAAAUUCGAAUACAUAUUGUGCUCCAGAAGAUUAUAAAUGUUGUCCAAAUUAUAUUAUGCUUAAUAAUAAUUGCGUUGAUAAAAACGUCGUUGCAAAUCUUGAAUAUCUUAUGCAACUUGGUUUAAUUGGUGGUAUUGGAAAGAAAUAA